AUGGAAGCGGAAGAUGACGAUCCUCCUUUAGUUACUGUAGAAAACAAUCCGGCUCAGGAUCCACUCCAGCUGGCAGUUAGACCAGUCGUCCAGAGUCAGAGACUCCCGCAUCCUCCGAAAAUGAUGGAGCUGAAAUUUACCUCGAGGGAUGAAGUGCCAAUGAUUUCGCCAGCCAACUUCGGUGCAGUUCCCGUCCCUCGUUUUUCAGCGAUGACCUACGAGUGCAUGUCCAGAUCACUGCGGCAAUAUAAACAAAGUGGCAUCAUGCGAAAAGGCGUUGGGAAUUAUUGCUACGAGUUUAUGGUCCCUCCAAACGAGCUGCUAGCCUCGGCCAUUUACGAAUAA